AUGUGUAUUAUUAUAAUUAUUAUUGUGCCACUUCACUUAUAUCUUGAUACUUUUUUGAUUUUUAUAGUAUGCAUUUUAACUCUUCUCAGCAUAACGAUAGUGAUAAAUUUUCUUAUUUUUUGCUCUCACAAAAUUUGUCUAUUAGGCGAUGAGCUGAAAGCAAAGCGAUGCAUCUUCCUUACCUUUCGUAGCAAACGACAAGUCCCCGUUCGAAUCUUGCGCAUAGCAAACAAAACGGGACAGCAAAGUCAUUCAUAUCACACUGCACGAAGAAAGGGCGGUACAACCAGCAAAGACAAAAACAAAGCUUGUAUAAUCAGUUCUGCCACCCUUUUCGCGUCUUUUUUGCAUUUUGUCUCCCAGCACUUCCACGCAGAGAGGAAGGUAAAAACAAACAACCGCGGUGGCUUGUCCGAACGCGUAAGAAAAACGUGUGCAAAACAAGAAAGAAAUGGCUGGGCACACGCACACUCAAAUAUAUAUUUUUCGCCAUGGAAACUGUGCGCAGAAAGAUAA